AUGCAUUCCCAUGGUGUGAUCAUGACUAUCCAUUAGGUGAAGCGGGCCGUCAUAUGGUAAUGAGCUAUUGAUGUAAGUGCGUGCUAUAAUCAUGUUUUAGUAUUCAAUUUGACCGGGAUUGGAAAAUAGAUCACGUAAUCAUAUCACUACAGCAUACUGAUAUGAGUCAAAACACCAGAUAUGUCCAGCAGGGAACGGUGAUAUUGGUGGUGUUUGCUGUAAUGAUGUUUUUAACAGCAAAGAUGAUCGGAGUGCCUCGAUACCAUUUGAACCUGAAUCAACCUGCCUUUUUAGUUAAAACAUAUCCAGAGGUAAUACAAGUCUUAUACUUCAACAAGCCUGAAUGGGUUAGUGGAAAGGAGUUCGAAGGAUGCGAGUACCCAUGUGAAAUGGUAUGGGGAUCAAAAGACUUUGACACUGCAAAGGUUGUAAUUUUUCAUGGACCCCGACUAGGAAAAAUAAACCCACCCAAAAAGUCACGUGCUCAGUUAUGGAUUAUGCAUGGUAUGGAAUCCCCACCUCACUAUCACAACGACCUUUCACAAUGGAGCAACCUAUUUAACUGGACUUUCACUUACAGAAGAGAUUCUGAUGUGUUAACAUCUUACUCAGAAUUCAAGCAAGUUCCCAGUAAGAUUACAACACCAAACAUCACUACUCAAUGGAUGAAAAAGGAAAGAAUGACUGCUUGGAUGGUAUCUAAUUGUGGGACCCCAAGCAAAAGGGAACGUUACAAACAAAUCCUCCAGAAAGCCAUCGAUAUUCACGUGUACGGUGGCUGUGGGACAUACCGAUGCGCAAGAUCCAACGAAAAUAGUUGUAUGGAUAUCCUUCAGAGGCAUUAUAAAUAUUAUUUGGCGUUUGAAAAUUCCCUGUGUGUAGAUUAUGUUACUGAAAAAGCAUUUAAAACGUAUAUUUUCUCUCCUUCCACAAUUCCAGUAAUGAGAGGAGGAACGAACUAUUCUCUUUAUUUCCCUCCUAGGUCUUAUCUUGACGCAAAAGACUUCAAAAGCGCUUAUGAACUGGGGAAAGCAAUGCAUGUAAGUAAUAUGAAGAUUCGGAAAUUAGAAAAUAUUUUUUCGUGGACUAAAACUACAUCAAUCAAUCAAAUGAUCAAGAAUCACGAUAGUUGGUGUUCUUUAUGUGAACGUAUCCAUCGUUCUGAUAGCUACAAACGGUUGUAUUCUAAUAUCAAAUUUUGGCUGAACGACAUUCCCAGAUCGGCGUGUAAAUCUCCUACAGAUCUGACGAGGUAGACUCUUUACAGAUUAUUAAAUGACAUAUUCACAAAAUAUUUAGUUAAAACCACCUUAAACUGGUUUUCUUUCUUACUCAUCAUGACUGUUAGGCUAAGUUCUUGUUCGGUCACAUCAAUAUCUAAUGAUCACACUUUUUUUGAUGAUAUUAAGUAAUAUUCCUGCUUUUUGUUUAUUUAAAAAAAUAUUAUUAUCCACUGAACACAUAACAGAUUGAUAAAUAUGAUGAAGUUUGAGGGAAAAAUCAUUGGCAAAGUUAAAGUAUCGACACUAUUAAUUUUGAGGUAGUUGCUUCCAUCGAAUCGCAAAUAUAUAAUAAUAGUACAUUAUCGUUUGGUAGAGUCGAUGCGUAUCGGGGAGCCUGUACAUUAUACACAAGGCAUCCUUUCUUGUCAUAAACCCUUGCCUUUCCAGACGUGGACUUCUUCUUUCUUGAUAAAAUCAUCCCAUACGUGUUUUACAUGUCGCAGUUGGGUUUGGAAGUUUUCCUGAAUAUCAUGAUUUUGUGAUAGAUGUCGACUGCUGACGGAAAAACGAAAAACACAAAGUUUGUAAAUGUGCAGGUUAUAAAAGACUGUUGGCAAUGUGACGGUCGCCAUCAUGUUCGCAUUUGGAAUGAUAUAUGCUAGUUAUUUGUUUGAUAUGAAGGUUUAUGAUUUUUACUAUCCUCAUAAGUGAGCAUUGUGGGUAUUAUGUUGUCAUUACAUCAGUUCUCGAUGUGAGGAAGUGGCAUUACUCGAAUUUGUCCUAGAUUUACAUGGCGAGACGCUUACUCUUCCGGAAAACCCGAUUUUAUUCAUACCUUUUCCGGGGUCCCCGUUCGAAUCUUUUCUUUUUUUCACAUUUUGUCAUUGAUUUAUCGAUGUUGAAUUGGAAUUAUUGUUUUGUUGACAAAUAGAAAAUAAAGUGCCAAAGAAUAUAUCACAAAGAACAAAGCCAAACGUCAUAAUUUAGAAUAUGAUAGUAAUUGCAUCUGUUCGACUUUAUAAUUAAAACGCAAUACAUAUAAAUAGUGAAACAUACUAACAUUUACUCAUUUAAUUGGUUUCUAAUUGGUUUAAUCACAUUUUCUUGUUUAUUAUUGGAUAAAACUAGAGCAAAAUAUGAAAAAAAGAAAUAAAUCAUGCAUGCCUUUUAGAAAUACAUCUGCUUAAACGAUGACUCUUGACAUGUAAUUCCUGGUCAAAUCAAAGUAACAUCACGUUCUCAAAAUGAUUACCUUGGUAGUGGAAACUGAAUUAAACUGAUAAAUAUUGCACGAAGAAGUGGUAUGUCCCCAAUGAGAUCACAGUGGCGACCAUAAAACUUCAUCAACCUGUAUCUCUCGAAAUCCUGUGUUGUAAGUUUGUUCGUCAACAACUGAGAUUUAUCAUGCAGAUCAUAUAAUAAUGAUUAUAUGUUACAGCAUGUACGCAUCCCUAAUGUCUACUGUGUAAUCUAAAUUUAAAUUUUAUGUGCUGUAUACAAAUGUGCUAAAUGUGCUAUUGUGCUUAUAUACCAUGUGUCGAACUACAAGCUCUUUGUAGCUCAUGUUGUAUGUUUUGCAAAAUCGAUGGAAAAUACAAAUUCUUGUAUCUUGUUGUAUCUUGUAACAGGUAUGCAAUAUUUUAUCAAUUUGGCUAUAGUAUAUCUAUAGAAUAUAUACAUUACGAGAUAUUAUAAUAGCAUGUAUGCAUAAGGAGAGAUUAUAAUAACAUGUAUACAUUAUGAGAGAUUACAAUAACAUGUAUAUACCUUACGAGAGAUUAUAGUAGCAUGUAUAUACCUUACGAGAGAUUAUAGUAGCAUGUAUAUACCUUACGAGAUAUUAUAGUAGGAUGUGUAUACCUAACGAGAGAUUAAAAUAGCAUGUUUAUACAUUAUGAGAGAUUACAAUAACAUGUAUACAUUAUGAGAUAUUUUAAUAGCAUGUAUACACUACGACAGAUUAUUAUAUCAAGCGAGUGUCUCUGUGUUGACACUUCUAUAUUUUUUAUCACAUAAUCGUCCUGUUAUCCAGUGAAUUCGCCCGUGUAAUAUUUUU